AUGAACAGGCGCCAGAACCCAAAGAGCAAGAAUUACGAUUAUAAACUUAUUGCAGUCAGGCUGAAGAAACUAAUACAGGCUAGAAAUGAUGGCGACGUUUCAGUUCUGAUAAACCUUCUUCGUUCAGAUCUACUACGGAAUCUCGGUAGUAUUGGAACGACAUGUUUGUACAAUAGAGCAUAUUCAGGUACCAAACUUUUGAUUGAAGAUUAUAUAAAUGAGGUAAUUAUGGCAUUGGAAUAUAUCGACGAUCAGCCUCUAGAUGUUAUUAGAGAUCAACAACGACGAGAUUUCUUCCACGACACAAGACAAUCAUUUGGGCUGUCUGCUCUAGUUCUUCAUGGUGGGUCGCUGUUUGGACUGUGUCAUAUUGGUACAGUCAAAGUUCUUCACAACUCUGGUCUGUUACCAGGGAUUAUCUGUGGAUCGACUGUAGGUGCCAUAGUGGGUGCUCUUGUGUGUAGUUGUACAGAAGACGAAUUACCAAAAGUCAUCGAUAACAUUGCCAAAGAGCUACCACCCUUAAGUCAGGAAUAUGAAGAUCUGAAAUAUGGAAGUGUAUUUGAAGGGGUGUUAAGCUCGUUUUAUCCUCCUGAAAUCAUCUUAUUUGAACAAUAUGUGAGAAACAAGUUGGGAAAUCUUACUUUUGAAGAGGCAUAUCUGAGAAGUGGAAAAGUUCUGAACAUUACCAUUACUCCAGUGGCAGACGACUCAUACAACGAUAAUGGUACGAACAAUGCCGGUGAUGAGAGUGAUGUUCAAGCGAGUCAUGGCGAUUACAGUGGUUGUCAACAAGGAACAACCCCAAAGAUAAGAAAAGAGAGGAAGUCGCAACCGGGAAAAAAUGCAAAAUAUAUAUUAUCAGAAGUUCCAAGGCUACUGAAUUAUUUAUCAACUCCAAAUGUAAUUAUAUGGUCGGCUGUUCGGGCUAGCAUUGGUUCAGGCAUUUUGCAAGGAAAAACUGAGCUUCUUGUUAAAAAUCAUUUAGGAGAGAUUGAGCAGUUUUUGCAGCACGAAGUUAAAUUCGCACCGUCUAACCAGACUGUAUAUUUGAACAGAAGAGAGUCUCCAUAUACACGACUAGCAGAACUUUUUAAUGUCAAUAACUUUAUUGUGUCGCUUGCUCGACCAUAUUUGGCACCAAUCUUGUUGUCAGAUUUUAGGCAUCGUGGACAUCGAGGAUGGGGCCUGCGACUAGUUCGUCUGGCGCGACUGGAAUUUCAACAUCGCUUGCAACAGCUAACACAAUUGGGUAUUCUUCCGGGUGUAUUCCAACGAGUGUUUGUAGAUGAAAACAUUCCUGGUGGGUUUCAAGUAACGAUCGUGCCAGAGCUGUCUUCGGUACGAGAUUUUGCCAAAGUUUUUGAUGGACACAACAUUGCUGAUAAAGUCAACUACUGGAUUUGGAUUGGUGAGAGAAGUGUGUGGCCGAUGAUGGCAAUUAUCUGGGCCCGAAGUGCUGUUGAGAUUGUGCUUAAUAGCGUUUAUACUCGUAAAGGCAGAGAACUGCGAUCAGAUGCAACCUGA